CAAGCCCGGGAGGCGCAGAAGCAGCUGCGGCCGCGCCCUAGUCCGAGUCCGUGCAUCCGCCCAGCCCGGUCCCGCCCGCGGGCGUCAGGGCUCCCGAGGAUGGAGGAUUCCCGGGAGACAUCGCCAUCCUCCAACAACUCCUCCGAAGAGCUCAGCUCUGCCCUGCAGCUGUCCAAGGGCAUGUCGAUCUUCCUCGACAUACUGAGGCGAGCAGACAAAAAUGAUGAUGGAAAAUUAUCCUUUGAAGAAUUCAAAGCAUAUUUUGCAGAUGGUGUUCUCAGUGGAGAAGAAUUACAUGAACUCUUCCAUACCAUUGAUACACACAACACUAACAAUCUUGACACAGAGGAGCUAUGUGAAUAUUUUUCUCAGCACUUGGGCGAGUAUGAGAACGUGCUAGCAGCACUGGAAGACCUGAAUCUCUCCAUCCUGAAGGCAAUGGGAAAAACAAAGAAAGACUAUCAAGAAGCUUCCAAUUUGGAACAAUUUGUGACUCGAUUUCUGUUGAAGGAGACAUUGAAUCAGCUGCAGUCUCUCCAGAAUUCCCUGGAAUGUGCCAUGGAAACUACCGAGGAGCAAACACGUCAAGAAAGGCAAGGGCCAGCCAAGCCAGAAGUCCUGUCCAUUCAGUGGCCUGGCAAGCGAUCCAGCCGUCGGGUCCAGAGACACAACAGCUUCUCCCCCAACAGCCCUCAGUUUAAUGUCAGCGGUCCAGGCUUGCUAGAAGAAGACAACCAGUGGAUGACCCAGAUCAACAGACUCCAGAAAUUAAUCGAUAGACUGGAAAAGAAGGAUCUCAAACUGGAACCACUGGAAGAAGAAAUUAUUGACGGGAAUACUAAAUCUCAUAUCAUGCUCGUGCAGCGUCAGAUGUCUGUGAUAGAAGAGGAUUUGGAAGAAUUCCAGCUGGCUCUGAAACACUACGUGGAGAGUGCUUCCGCCCAGAGUGGCUGCUUGCGUAUUUCUAUACAGAAGCUUUCAAAUGAACCCCGCUAUAUGAUUUAUGAGUUUUGGGAGAACAGUAGCAUGUGGAAUAGCCACCUUCAGACGAAUUAUAGCAAGACAUUCCAAAGAAGUAACGUGGAUUUCUUGGAAACUCCGGAACUCACAUCUACUAUGCUAGUUCCUGCUUCAUGGUGGGUCCUGAACAACAACUAG